CAACGUCACUAAUUAAUUAGUACAUUUGGGGAAAUCCCUCUGUGUACAGCAGUAAACAAAGCCAAUGCUAGUGCUUCUCACCUCUCCUGCUAGUGUCUGAUUCUCUUUAUCCUCCACCAUUCUCUUCAUCUCUUGAGUGUCUGAGAUCUGCAGAGAAGACAAGACAAGCAAUGCCGACAAAGGCCACUAAAAAGGGUGGCAAUCGAAGGGACAACUUCAGUGCAGCGGUGGUCAAGAUCCUUCACAAGAGAGUUGGGGGCAAAUGCUGUCGCUGUGAUGCAACCACCUUUGGUCCAGUAGCUAACAACCCCAUCAAGUCAAUCAACAUCGGUCAGGCCGCACAUAUAGCAGCUGCGGCCCCAGGGGGACCUCGAUAUGACCCCACCAUGACCCCAGAGGAGAGAGCAGGUGUCACUAAUGGCAUGUGGAUGUGUUCAAACUGCCACGAUAUCAUCGAUCGAGACGUCGACGAAUAUCCCACGGCUAAACUGAGGGCAAUGCGGAAGAAAGCUGAGCAAAGAGCCAAGGCUGAGAUGGGGGUGGGAACCAGCAAGGGGGUCUCAGAGACCACAGACGGUGUGGCGGUGGGUGUGAGUGCAGCUACCAUUGUUGACAUACGCAAAGCUAAAGCUGAAAUUCGCGCUUUAAAUGGAGACAAGUUAUCAGAGUCACGAGCAGAAGAGCUGCUCGAAUCAGUGAGCUUUAUCGACCCAGCAGUGGACAGCUAUCUACCUGUAGUGGCAAGAGAACUAAUAGCUUUCUACGAGCAGCUAGUGAUGCAUUGUCAGCAGCCCUAUGUUUUGUUAGAGGUGGUACGAAGACUCUGGAUUCUAGCAGAUGCUUAUCACACUCAGUGGACCAAGCAAGACGUUGAGGCUAUCACUCGAGUGAGCGAACGUGUAAUGAAGAGCGUAGCUAACGAGAGGAACCGGAUCUAUCAAUCUCUGGUUGCCUUACUCAAGGAUCUUUCUACCUACAAAAUCCUAGCCUCUACACAGGCUCUCCUUGUUCUGUUCUUUAUCACAAUCGAUGUCUUAAUGAUUUAAUGAGAUAAAAUACGGUAUUAAU